UUAUAAACGAGUGAUAUGUUUCAGGACGAUAUGCAAACAUGCAAGACACAGUUGACCACAGUGAUGGAGGAGUUGGGACGCUUCAAGAACUUCAACUCCCGCCUGGAGCAGCUCGAGGAGGCUCGUAAUGUCCUCAAUGAAGAGGGUGGCGACGACAAAGACUGGGCGGCAGCAGCGUACACUUCGUGUCCAGAUCCCUUCGUUAACUUGAAUGGCGAGUGUUUCUUCCUGUCUGCCGUGGAGAUGUUGGGUUGGGAGGAUGCUCGCAGGGAGUGUGGCAGACUGGGUGGUGAUCUAGCCUCCCCCCGCAGCCUACCUUCCCUUAGAGAGUAUCUCCGCUCCAUUCAAGAUCCUCCUGAGUACUUGUGGGUGGGCGGCUCUCAGAACGACGACGGCAGUUGGGUAUGGUCUUCAGGUUAUCAG